CCGCCAAUCGCGUCUCACGCUCCCGGCUUCCGCGGCGUCGCCAGGCAACGCGAGUCAACACGGGGAUGAGACCCAGGCAACGCCGAGUCGCACGCAACAUCGAGUCGGACGCAACGAGUCGCACGCAAAAACGAGUUCCACGCAACGAGUCUCACACAACCAGUCCCACGCAACAACGAGUCUCAAGCACGGGCAGCGAGUUCCACGCAACAACGAGUCGCACACAACGAGUCGCGUGCAACAACGAGUCUCACGCGGAGCAUGGAGAAGAGGCCAGCGUGGAAAGAUGUGGAGUCUGCAAAGGUGCAGCACGCCAACUCGGACCUGCUCGUGACUCACGUGAACCACACGCACGACCUCCUGAGAGCCGAGGGGAUGGAGGUUUCGUGCAGCGACCGACAGAACUCGGCGCAGUGGCUGAGAACGCGCAGCCUGGAGAGCCACCGCCUCACCCUACCGCACCUCCUGCACAAGGGCACCGUCGUCACGAGCCCUGGGCCAGACGUGCAGGAGCACUUACACUUCAGUGCUGCUGUCAUUGCCGAGUUCGAAACCAAACUGCACCAGAUGAUUGCCCUUUAUCAUCAGAGGAUCAAGUGGCUGUUGCAGGACAGCAGGAAGGUACUGUGUAUUAAAUGUACAUUUGACGACGGAAGGUCAAACACUUAAUGCUAUCUUUUGUAAAAAUUUCCAAAAGUGGAAUGGGUGAGGCACAGAAGUGAUGUCACCGUGGGUUAAUUUCACUUGCGCAAGCUUCGUUACGCUAAUUUGUGUGUAUGUAUGUUGAACUCCUUUCGUAGCCAGCCGUGCUUGUAUAAGGACUGGGAAUUGCGUAUUUACUUUUGCAUGUUGAUUAGUGGAUUCAGAGGUUCAUCAUCAAGUAGAAUAUUUUCCCAGCACGUUCAGGGAUCCUAUAAAUACUCCCAGCGUUAGUAUUUUUGUUAUGCUUCCCGAUUAUAGUGAAGGCUAUUCAAAGGGCAGGACUUUAAAACAAAUUCGGCAAAUUCGGACUAUAAUGCUGCACAUGAUGGCCUACUCUCUUAAAAAAUAAAAGUGAGUCGAAAUGAUGAAGACACACACCGAUAGAAUGAAUGGCAGUAGAUUGAGACUGGUGAUGGAAUGGUAGCCAAAGGAGAGAGCAUGCCAUAAGCAAUACGGAUUGUACAUGGUGGCAUUGCAGGACCAUGAAGGAUAUUGGGUGAUAAUCAUAAUCUUUAUUUAUCCUGGAGAAAUCCGAUGAGCUGCAAAGCUCUUUUUUUUACAGAUGUCCAGUCGGGGUGGGUAAAAAAAAAACAUGCAAAAAAGGAAAGGUAAACAAAUCACAAAAAAUAUACAAAUGAAACUAAUUUUUUUGUUGUAUCUUUGCCAGUUAAAAUCCAAAUAAGGUAUUAACUGAUUUUCAGAAGCGACCUGACCACAAACGAUAGCUCAACGAAGUGGCUUAUAAAAAAUACCGAUAGGAGCGCAAAGCAUAGGAAGUUAAUCAAAUCACUUAUGUUGGAAUUAAGUGGAUUUUUUAAGAUUUAAUGUUUAAAAAAUAAAUAUUAACUGUGAUAAUUGAAAAAAAAUCAUAAAUAUGUUUUCAACAACAACAACAACAAAAAAGCCCUGAACUGACAACAAAAAAGCCCUGAAACUGAUGACAAAAACUUUAUAAAGUACAUCAUGUUUGGGCAUCUGUGUCCAACUGUACAAUUAAAAGUGUCUGGGUUUGAUUCCCACACUCAGGCACCUCUCUCUGUGUGGAGUUUGUACGUUGUCUCUCCCCCUGUUCCGCGCGGGUUUCCCUCCAACUUCUCUGGUUUCCUCCCAUUGUUAAAAUAAAUUACAAUGUAACCGGUAUUGGCCAAACAUCCCAAUGCUGAAAAAAUACCUGAAAAUAUCUCGAUAUAUGGAUUACACGAAGCAGCAACAGCAGCAGCAACAUCGCCCCAUAUUGCAAAAACUUGGCAGGAACCUCCUUAAAAAAGAGUAUUGCAACUCAGUGGAAGCUUCCUGGGUAAACAAGAGAUAUUUAUAAUUUUUUACUAUAUUUAUCUACCAGGCAAGGUCCACUGAGCUAUGUAGCUCUUUUUCAGAAGCGACCUGGCCACAAAUGAUAGCUCAA